AUGUAUUGUUGCUCUUUCCUUUCACGGCUGGGCGUCGGGAUGGCGAGCAUGAGCUCCACGCUCGUCGAGACGGUGUCCAUCAACUAUGAGGAUUUUAAUGAGAGCUUCCUUACUUGCGGCACAUGUUUAUGCACUUACGAUGGAGGCGAACAUACUCCGAAACUUUUACCGUGUUCACACACUGUCUGCCUACAUUGUCUUACGCGAAUAGCGGCCUCCCAAACUAGGGACGCGGGAAGCUUUAGAUGUCCUAUUUGCCGUGAAUUAAUCACCAUCCCCCGUGGAGGAGUGCCCGCCUUACCGCCAUCCUUCUUAGUGAACCAGUUAUUAGAUUUAAUGGCCAGGCAAAGAAGGGAAGUCAUACCCCAGUGCAGUUCUCACCCAGGUAGAGAGCUACUCUUCUGCGAAACGUGCGAUUGCGUUUUCUGCAGACAUUGUGCGGAUGGUCCGCAUAGUGAUACGCCUUGUGAUCAUACAGUGGUGCCGUUUUCUAUAGCAUUAAAAAGAAUGUCAGAAAUAUUGUUAUAUAGAGCUAAUGAGUGCCUAAGUAAGCUAGGGUCGGCGAGAGAUGCCGUCGCUAGUGAAUUGAGAAGACUGGAAGCAGCCGCGACUGCUGCGGACGAGGCGAUAGACCGACACUUUGCAGAACUGAGAGCGGCUUUAGACAAACGUCACAGUGAACUGAAAUCGGCCGCGGCCGCUGCUGCUACGCAUAAAAGAAAACUACUUGAAGAGCAAUUGAAGUUGAUUGAUGCUGAGAAAGCAAAGGUAGAAGCAGAGUGUUCUGGUCUGCAACAACAAGUAGAAGUGAGGGAAGUGAGCAGUCGCGCUGCGGCCUUAGGAGCUAGAUUAGGGGACGCGGCCGCGUUGGCCGAGCCCAGGGAGAAUGCCUUCUUAGCUGUAGACUUCGCACAUAACGACGCCCAACAGAGGUUCGCUGAGGCUUUGGCAGAGUUGGGGCGGGUCAGGACCAGUACUACGUUCCCUGGUUUAUGUACUUUGUCGCUCGAAUCUGCCUGCGUUUGUGGAUUGGAAAUGGUAGUGGUGCUCCAUACAGUCGACUAUCACGGCGAAGCCCGUAGUACAGGCGGUGACCCCGUCACCGCCGCGGCCACGUUGGACGACGCGCCCUUACCGUGUACCGUCACUGAUCUUGAUUCAGGAUUGUAUAGAAUCUCAAUGCGUCCGUGGAGCGCGGGCGCGGUGAGCGUGCGCGUGCUGGUGUUCUCGCGCGGCGUGCGCGACUCGCCGCUGCGCGCCGCCGUGCUGCCGGCCGCGGCGCCGCUGCGCGUGUGGGGCGCGCGCGGCUCCGGCAAGGAGCAGCUCAGCCAGCCCGUCGCUGUCGCUAGAUGUCCAAAACGACGUGAAAUUUAUGUUCUCGAUGCUGGAAACUCAAGAGUCAAAGUGCUGGAUGACGAAACAUUUGCCUUUAAAACACAUAUUGUUAAUGAUGGUCUAGCAGGCCGGAGUUGUACUGGCAUUGCAGUAACAUCUGAAGGUGUGGUGGUUGUGAAUUGGAGAACAAGAACACUCACAGAGAUUAACAGCGAAGGCGGCACAGUGCGCACCAUCCGCUCCGAGCGGUUAGUGGAGCCGGUGUGCGUCGCCGCGCACGCCGCGUCCCGCCGCCUAGCGGUGGCCGACAACGGCGCGCGCUCGGUCUUCGUGUUCGACACGCACGGCAACAUUGAGCGAGAGGUCGGCAACGGCGACCUCGGCUUGGUGGGCGGGCUCGCGCUUACGGAGGACAUGCUGGUGGUGGCGGACGUGGCGGUGCGCGUAUACGACGCGGAGGGAAACCUGCAGGCUACGCUCGCUCCCAUACCGAAAGGUCGCGGGGGCUACGGCGGCAUAGCGCUGGAGCACACGGACAGCGGGUACCGCAUCGUGUGCGCGCGCUCCGUGCGCGGCCGCCCCGCGCUCGUGGUGCUGGGCGCGGGCGGCGCGGGGGGCGCGGGCGGGGUGCUGGCCGCGUGCGAGCUGGCCGAGCGCCGGCCGCGCCGCGUGGCGGGCCUGGCGCUGCUGCCGCGCCGCCGCGCGCUGCUCGCCGACCUCGCCGGCGACUGCUUGAGGCUGCACACCUACUGG